GUCAGUAGCGCGCCUCUACCCUCGCUGGCGGGUCGUACACCUCCACAGUUUACCUCCUGUCUUCCUAGUACAGUGAACUGUCUUGUAAACAUGUGACGUGAAAAAUAAGACGAGUUUUAAAAGUGUUGCAUUUUUUUUUUUGACGGAUGACUUAAUAUUGUGAGCGGUAUUUGAUUGUUUACUAUGGUAAUACAAACAUGAAGUGCCACGGAAACAUCUCCAGUGCCUGGCCCUAAACUUAUGAGUGAUUUCAUGACAUUUCAUUUGUUGAGUAAACAGUGUCAUUAAGGACGAUAAUUUUUUAAGCCAUGAAUGGUGAACUUCGAUAAUUGAGGCUUAGUUCAAUUGCGAGUUUUCCAGGCGCCUGCCCUGGUUAGGUCAAGGCAGAUAUGUGGCACACCUACAUUAACACUGACGGCAAGAAGCCAGACUCCCUUAGCGAGAGCAAGAAGCCAGACUCCAGUACCGAGGGCAAGAAGCUAGGCUCCAGUAUUGAAAGCAAGAAGCCAGACUCCGGUAGCGAGAGCAAGAAGCGAGACUCCAGUAGUGAAGGCAAGACGCCAGGCACAAUUAGUAAGGGCGUUGAUCUGGACUUUUUGACAGACGCCAACGUGUACUACAACUUGCCUCCACCUCUGCCGUGUGCCCACAGCUGCUGGGCCUCCCUCCCACGCGGUCACCCUCCACCCCAACACCAUUUCAGGCCCUACUCUUCCUGCCCCGCCUCCCCCAAGCUCCCUCCUGCCGUAGUCCCACGCAGGAACAUUUCUCCUCGACCACCCGUGGCCCAAGAGAGGGCAGGGAAGGAUGAGGUGUCUCCUACCCUCAAACCGCGAGCUCCAAAACCUACGCAUAAAAAGUUGUCCCACACCCGCUCCUUCGAUCUAGAUCAUCUGUACCAGAACCUGGUCCGAGUGACCAGUAAACCCCGCAGCAACUCCUUCAGCAUAGAUCUGCCCUGGAGACGCAAGAAGAAGGUACAGGAAGCUACUCCUGAUAUUAAGGAAGAUGCUGGAGAGGAGAAUGCCGCUCGGAUGCUGCCAGCUCCUCACACUCCUGCCGAAGAAACAUUUCCUAAGCCUAGUCUGUUGCUAACCAGCAGUCCUCGGUCCAUACCAGAAACACAUAGCAGCCAGACAACUGAAAUUAGCAGUAGCAGCAGCAGUAGUAGUAGCAGUAGUGGUGAUAGCAGCAGCGGUGGAGUGCCAGGGGACUGUUCAGCAGAGGUGUGCCCUGGGGUUACCUACCUGAGGGACACGGGGCCACGUAACCCUCCGGUCAACUGUGUUCACGAGGAUGCUGUCAACUCCUGGUACCACACGGCUGCUACACUGCCUCUCCGUGCCAGCAAGUGUUCCACCAGUGAAGGAUCUCAGCACAACUUCAAGCCAAGACAGGCACUAGACGUUAACGCUAAUUUGGACGAAUGGUUACGCAAAGAACGUUGGUUGGAGAAAAAACGCAGCUCUCGUAACCUUCGACUGGCAGGUGAGAACGUGGAGGUGGACAUAACCAUCCUACACGCCACAGACGGAGACAAGUGGAAGCGGUAUCUUUACGACAUGUUCACCCUGCUGGCCCCCAAGGAAGACGGGUACCGAGGAGUCCGGGUUGAGGUAAAGAAUGUACAGGACAUAAAGGAUGACAUUGGACGUCUGCAAGCUGUAAAGCUGAAGGCGGCAAAGCUUCAGAUUGUCAUAUUGUCGCCAUGCUUCUUGGAUCACAUUGGUAAACAUGUGAGAUGUGAGCUGGGUCAAGUAUUUAAGCCGGAGAAAGUGCUGGCCUUGCUGCUAGGCGUUGAUGACAGCCAGUUUACUAUGGCUCAUCGCUCAGUUUUGUAUUCCUACAAUGACUGGCAUCGACUCAAGGUUCGGAAUAUGGAUAUGUCCUUCAUAUAUGAAGUUUUAGCUGAAGGCAUCAGCAUUCUUAACAACUCUGAACUUUUUUCACAUUAUCAAGACGAAAGAAAUGCAAAGUUCAAGGUCACACCUCGUAAAGUUAAUAUGGUUCAGCAACCACUGUAUAUAAUGAUGGACGAACCAGUUAAAAACAAAAAAGAAGUUGAAGUGUUGAUAGAAGAUCCACCUAUACAUAAAUGCACAACAGUCAAAAAAUGGCAUCUUCGAAAUCCAUAUACUAUCGACUUUCGAAUGCCAGAAAAAUUCUUGAAAGGAUCGUCCCUUCUACUCGUCACUGUGUUGGUUAAUAAAAAAAGGAUUGGCUCAAGACAGCUGAAGUGUGAAAGCAGUAUGGAUACUUUGAAAAAUAUUCUCAGUACUGUGUCGAACCCAACUGAUUUCAUGUGCCAGGCUCUGAACAUCAGUCCAACAAGUGAUGAGCUAGAUCAGAAAUUGGCAGAUACAGUAAAGCUUCAUCUACCCCUCCAAAGAGUUGAUGAACCAAAUAUGCAACAUAAAGAUGGCUGUGAGUUUCCUACGUGGAUUCACUUCAGUGCAUAUUAUGGGUUAGAACGCUUGACUUGGGCCUUGUUGGAGAUUCCGGGAGGCGAAGCAGCUCUGAACACUCCAAAUUGCCACGGACAUACUCCUUCUGUGCUGGCAUACCAGAUGAGCUUCUCUUUUCUGGCUCAGACUCUGGAGGAUGCAGCACUGGUAGCAUCUCUGGCAGCAAAGGUUGGUUAUACAACAUUAAAGAAAAGAUCAGUCAGCUUGACAGAGUCUCGUCUGUGUGAAGGGAUGUACAACAGUCCACCACCACCUCGACCAUGUGACUUGCAUCAUAUUUUUGAAUACGACCCACUGCCUCCACCUCGGGAAGUUUCUACGAACAAACUCGCAGAUUCAGGUUUGAAGAUGGAGAGUUCAGAGGGCUUGUCUCUUCCUCCUCCUCCUCCUCCUCCUCCACCUCUGUCACCAACACUGAGUGAUAUACAAGUGCGAGAGGACCAUGUAUGUUCUCCAACCUUGCCGCCGCCUCCCUCUCCAGAGACAUUACUUCACCCACCUUCACCAUCUACUGAACAACAAAUUGAAAGUGAAAAAAUUGUAUAUCAAGAUGAUGAAUAUAUAGCAAUGAAUGGACCAGAGUAUAGUGCAGACGUGUACAACCUUGUAUCAGCCUGGAUGGAGAAGACAAACAUCAAGACUUUUGUUGAGAAGAACCAGGACAAGAUUGUUGAAGUCAAAAAUAAAUUAGACUCAAAUAAAGUGAAGGAUUCUGGCAACGAAUUUACAGAAACUGAGACAGGAGAGGUGUCACCAUCACAAAGUGGAACACCAGAACCAAAUACUUCUUCAACUCCUGGUGUUGCCCGACGUAAAUCUGUGGUGGAACAAUUCUUUAAUUUGCUAAGACGUACAUCACUUGACAAUGUGUAUUCAUUACCAGACACCUCGGACAAUCAUCCACAGCCUAAGGUGAGAGAGGAUUCACAAACUGAUGAGAUGGCUUGUAUAAAUGAAACUAAAAGAUUACCUCAACCUCCUCCACGACCUGAUCCAAAUAGCACGUAUUUGGAGCUAGAAGACAUCAACACACCCAUGCCUUUUGAGUUAAAAAUACAAGAGAAGAUGGUUGGUUUGUCAAGUCCAAGCGAGUUAACAAGAUCUCGCCUUCCCACAGCUGCAAAGAAACAUUCAAAUAUUUCAACGACCUUGUCCAAACAUACUAAAAAAUCGGAUGAAGAUGAGUUGGCAUAUACAACUUUGAGUUAGGUAGAAAAAGAAUGGCAGUCAAUAAAGACAUGCUGCUGCUGAUCAAUGUAAUUAUUUCUUGUGAUGAAGCAGUAGUGGAGGUGUGUGGAGCCUCAUUAUGUCAGUGAUAUACCUCAACUUGGAAUGCAUACAACUACAUCUUAUCUUAGCAUUACUUCCUUACCUGGUUGCAGGUAACAUUACCUCUUCAUUAAAAAUUUUGCCUGUCAUUAUUGUCCAUAUACCUGUAGAAUUUAAAAGUAUGGUAGUAUAUAAUUUAUAACCGCUACAGUGAAUAAGUUUUGUAUGGGUAUAAAUCAUAGCCACAUCACAAACACCUCUCUGUGGUUCCUCUUUCCACAAGGUGUUUCUCCAACCACAUUGGUCUUUCUCAUUUAAAAUCACUGCUCACCACCACUUUUCUUUUCCUUAUUGUUACCUUCAUUAAUGUGAUAUAAAAAUAUUGUUACAUUAUUCUUUGUCUUAUAUGCAACAAGGAUUCUGAAUUAUCUUGAAAAUUGUUUUCUGAUGGCAAAUGCUGGAAUCUCAUAAUUAUGUAAUUGAGAUGAUGGGUAAAUUGUAAAAAUGUUAAAUAAUUUACUCCAAAAAACUAUAUUAUAUUACUUAACAGUUUUGAGUGAUAUAUGUCUGUUAUAUCCAAAGUAUUGAAUUACAGUAGUUUUGUAUGUGUGUGUGUGUGGCAAGUGAGAGGUCCUUGAUUUACUGCUAUUUCUCAGCUGUUUAAAUUGUUCUACUUUGAUAUCUCUUCUUAGUCAUUAUUGUAAAAUUAUUGCAUUACGAAUUAUGUAAAUUAUAACACAGGAAAGAAGGUUAUAGCACAGUAGGAGGUUAUACUGCAUUUAGCAUAUUCUGUGGCUUUUGUUUUCUAUUUCUAAACAUUCUUUGUUGGUUGCCACAUGCAGAGAAUGCUUCCUACUGAUGCACAACAACCUUACACUUGUAAGUUAUAGCAGGUUUCUACAUCACAAAAUAUCCCAGAACUAAAUGACUUUUAAAUAUAUAUAUUUUGAAGAACAAUUGUUAAUUUAGUUUUCCCACAAAUGUAGCAGUGUACAUGUGUACGUCUCCUUGUUAAGAAUAUGUAUAUGAAAAGCAAUUUUUGUUCUUUUAAGGCAUUGCAUAGUUACAUCAAUAUAGUAAAAAUAGAAUGGAAGCAGUAGAGCCAGAAUAAUGGGAAAAUUAUAGUCUUGAUGCCCAAACCACACAUCAGACAGUGAAGAAACGAUGACAUUUCAGUCCGUCCUGGACCAUUAUCAAGCCCUGUCUUGAUAAUCUUGAUAGUCUUGAAAGUUGUUUGAAUAUAUUUGCGAGUCUUUGUUGGUAAAUGCAGUAGUGACCACACAAGGCAAAGACUAUUUCUGUUGAAAUCCUGGGCAGGACAAAUGGUUGGGAGCAUUCCUAUAACCUAAUACUCCUGUUCACCUAGCAGUAAAUAGAUACCCAGGAGUUAGUCAGGUUGUUGUGGAGUUGUAUCCUGGGAGGGUCAGUAACUCAGUCAGGGUAAUUCAAACCCUGGGAGGGGUCCUUGACGUAAGCCAACAUGUACUGUCUGUAUAAACUGGCUGCCUGUCCCCGAAUGCAAUGAAUGAAUGAUAAAUAUGUUAGCCCUUUAAUAAAAAUUUCUGAAGAUACUGAUGUUUUAAGGGUUUAAACAGAUGAUCUGGUAUAUAUAUAUUUUUAGCAUUACUGAGGCCUUACUGUAUCUUCAUUAUCAUUUCCUGUAAUUGCUCAUGGUGUUUUUAAGUCAAGAGAGGAUCAGAAUAGGAUUUUAAUUCACUAGCCAGUUUUCUCUAGAUACACUACAGUAUAUUUAAUAAAAUCUCUUUAGUAAAACUUUUUAAUAGCUUGAGUAUACGUACAUGAUAUACUAUAUUAUUUAUUUCAUUAAUACAACAUAAAUUUAGUUUUCAGGAGCUAAGGAGCAAACAAGUGCAAUAUUUAUAUAAAUAACCCUCAGCAUUCCUCAGACACGACAAAAAGAAAUGUAUUAUAGCCAAUACUGAGUGUCAGUACACCGGCAUAUAAAGUGGAGGAAUUGAUCUAUUUUUGUUGUCUAGGUCAGCAUUUGUCGCACUGGUUACACGUCACUGACCUUCAUUUUUGUUUGUAAGUAAUGGGUAAUUAUUUACAUUCCUUUUAUGUGUAUCACUGAAGAUAUUUAUAAACUCAUCCUCAGUGUAGCAUUAUCUGUUGCUGAUUUCCUAGCUUAUGAACCGGCCAGUUUCAUGCAUAUGCUGACAGGAGAUAAUGCUAAGAGAGGAGAGCGUGAUAGAGCGGUUCACACUUUAGGACUGUGAAUUUACAGUUUUAUAUUCUGGCUCAUCAAACUUACUCCAAUCAAAUAUUACUUUGAAUAUCCUUGUUCUUAAGAUUGUACAGUACACAUCUCACUGUAGGAGAAAUAUUUAGAUUGUUAAACAAGACAUUUCGGUGUGUAAUUUUAUGAAUAUUUUCUUUUAUUAUUAUAAACAUAAUUACAGUGUAGUUAGAGCAUAGUAUUUAUACUGUAUCUGUUUUAGUGCAAAUGCUGCAAGUAGCAUUUAAUGAACUCUUUUUGUAUCAGAAAAGACUAGAUGGUUUCUAUAAUCCCAGAGACUUUUGAUUAUCAAGGCUGUGCACCUGUUAAUAGCUAACAAUUUUCGAUGUGCAAGGAAAAAAAAAUCCUAAUAUUGUUAAAAUGCAUUCCCUGAUCACAGAAACAAUAAUAAAAAAUUUUUAUGUAA